AUGGCUGAAGCUCUACCUCCCAUGGAAAGACUUCUGGGUGACUAUGGAUGUGCAAAUGCUCCGACUGGAAGGUUAACAAUUGUAAACCAAUCGGUGAAUGUUGAUCAUUUUCAGCUACACCCUUCAACGAUUCGUCAACUCGAAAGGAGACCGUUUUCCGGAAAAAUCAAUGAAGAUGCCAACAAGCAUUUACAAAGACUUAUGACCAUGACGACAUCGUUGAAAAUUGAGGGACACUUAGAGGAAGCUAAAAAGUUGGUGAUGUUUCCGUUUACUCUAUCGGAAGAUGCCGAAGAAUGGUUUUACUCUUUACUCGCGGGAAGCAUUACAGCUUGGAAACAAAUGGAGACAACAUUUUUGAAUGAGUACUUCCCUGCUUCUAUGCAAAAUUUUAUGAAUGGCCUUCGAAUGAAGACUAAGCAACUCAUAGACACGGAUGUCGGUAGCUCGACAAAUUUUACAAUAGCCACUGGAAUAAAGAAAAUCAUCGAAGCCAUUGCAGCAAAUGAGCAUAUGGAGCUCUAUGACCACAGUGUGAGUCAACCUGAAGGUAUCAUUGAUCUCAAGCUAGCAAAUCAAGUUAUGAAGAUGGAAGACCAAAUAACAACUGAAGUAGAGCGAAGAAUCAAGAAAAUGGCUCUUGACACUCAAACGGUGGCACAAGUUCAACCGGUUCAACCUAUUCAAGCGGUUAGUUGUAAAAUCUGUAGGGGGGGGGGGGCUCACUUCGCCAUGCAUUGUGUGGCAACUACACAACAGGUAGAAGAGAUUAAUUUUCUGAAGCAGAACAACCCUUACUCCAAUACAUAUAAUCCUGGAUGGAAAAAUCAUCCAAAUUUCUCCUGGAAGGACCAGCAAGGAAAUGUGCAAAAGCAAGCGCCCAAUCAAUAUCAAAGCCAACCACAACAACAAUAUCGACCACAACAACAACAACCAUACCAGCAUCAGUUUCACCAACCCCAACAACAAUUUCAACAACAGGCACCAAGGAAAGCAGAUUGGGAAAUUGCCAUUGAAAAAAUGGCGGCUCAAAGCUCCCAAUUUCAUGAGGUGACUAGAAGUAAUCUAAGAAACACUGGUGCUUCGAUAAAAAAUCUAGAAGUGAAAAUGAGUCAGAUUGCUCAACAACUCGCGGGUUCUCAAACACCGGGUGCAUUACCGAGUACUACAGUUACAAAUCCAUGA